AUGGUGCCCACUGUCCGUGCCUUGGCCCUGCGCUGCUCCUUCUCCUCCUCUCUUGUCCCUUUUUCCUCCUCUCUCCCCUUCUCCCUUUCUUGCUCCCCCUCCCUCUUCUCCCUGUCAUCAUCCUCGUUUGGACCUUUCUCCCCCUCUAUCCCACCCUCCUCAUCCCCCUCCCCCGUUCCCUCAUCUUCGCCCCCUUCUCCUCUCUCUACAUGCAAGGAACCUUGCACUUCCUUUGUGCAAUUCUCUCCCUUUCCCUUUCUCUUUCUCCCUCCCCUUAUCCUUCCCCUCUUUUUUGCUCCUUUCCCUUCUCCCUCCCCUUCUCCCCUCUCCUCUACUCCUCCCCCUUCUCCCCCCUCCCGUUCUCUCCCGUCAACUUCCCCCCCCCUCCUCCUCUCCCCUCUCCUCUCCUCCCUCCUCCCCUCCUCCCCCUUCCCGCUCUCUCUCCUCAACUUUUCCCCCCUCCUCCUCCUCCCCCCCCUCCUCCUCUCCCCUCUCCUCUCCCCCCUCCUCCUCCCCCCCCCUCCUCCUCUCCCCUCUCCUCUCCCCCCUCCUCCUCUCCUCCCUCGUCUCCUUUCGUGCUUCCUUCCUGCAAUGAUUCCAGCAGCUCGCCAGCCUGCCACGGGGCAAAACGAGGAAGAGAGAGAGAGAGCAGCAGGCUCGGAGGAGGAAAGCUUAACAGCGCGUUCAAACUCCUCCUGGCAUGUGUUGAGAAGAACAGAGCGGAAGGAGAUCGGCUCGUUCCCUCCUGCCCCUGCGCCCCCUUCCCCUGCGCCCCCUUCCUCUGCGCCCCCUUCCCCUGCGCCCCCCUCCCCCCUGCCUGCCCCAUUGGAUGGCGGAAACUCGGGCAGCGCUCGCGAAAGUUUUUCGCAAAGGGCAGCAUACAUCGGGCAGAAGGUGGGUUCGUCUACUGCCUUGGUGAAAAUUAAAUUAAUCACUCCCUGA